CUGACGUCACGUAAGGGGCGGAGUCUGCGUUAGUUGUGCGCCCUGCCUGUUCUAGCUUCUUGUUAGUUACUACUUACCUGUUAGUUUGUUACUGCUGUGUUGGGAGAGAAGCCUGGUGCUCUGUGUGUCCCGAUCUGUAUACACACUGCUCUCCGGGAUGUGGGGCCGGCGGCUCCUGGUCGGCGCGGUGCUGCUGUCUACCUGCUGUCUGAUAGUGUCAGGCACAAAUUCUACGAAAAAAGGAAGAAACUUUGUGGGUAAUGUUGAUGUAGUCAACAACAUUACUGGGAAACUUGGCUAUACAGUGAACGAGUUUGCACAGAAAGUUCUGACCAGCGGCCUGACGAGAGUCUUUCUCCCUUUGGUGUACAUCAUUGUGUUCGUUGUAGGAUUACCAAGCAAUGCCAUUGCAUUGUGGGUUUUCUUCUUCCGCACAAAGAAGAAGCACCCAGCGGUGGUUUAUAUGGCCAACUUGGCAAUAGCAGAUCUGAUGUUCGUUAUCUGGAUUCCAUUUAAGAUUUCCUAUCAUCUGAAUGGCAACAACUGGAUUUAUGGAGAAGGUCUGUGCAAAGUACUCGUGGGAUUUUUCUAUGGAAAUAUGUACUGCUCAAUCUUAUUCAUCACGUGCCUGAGUGUUCAAAGAUACUGGGUUAUUGUGAAUCCCAUCUCACACACCAGGAAGAAGACGAAGAUUGCACUCAUUGUCUCAGUGACCAUAUGGAUCAUAAUUAUGCUCAGCACCAUUCCUCUGUAUCUGUAUGAUCAGACGGUCUACGUGACCAACCUCAACAUCACAACAUGCCAUGACGUCUUGCCGCUCAGCGUCGCGGCUUACGAUAUGUUCAACUACUUCCUCUCGCUUGGGAUUGGCCUCUUUUUCCUCCCAGCUGUGCUGAUCACAGUGGCUUACGCACUCAUGAUAAAGACUUUGAAUGCAUCCAUCACAGAUGAAAAUAUUGGCAAAAAGCGAAAGCGAGCCAUCAUGCUUAUUAUCACAGUGCUAAUCAUGUGUCUCGUCUGCUUUCUGCCUAGCAACGUUUUGCUGUUGGUUAACUAUGGAACGAUAAAGGAAACCCACGUAGGAAACGUCUAUGCAGUCUACAUCGUGGCCCUGUGUCUCUCUGCCUUGAACAGUUGCAUUGAUCCUUUUGUCUAUUAUUUUGUGUCCAAGGAUUUCAGAGAAAACGUCAGAAACACUUUCCUCUGCCGCAGCGUAAGGACUGUGGAGAGAAUGCAGAUCUCAUUUAGCUCCAUGAAGUAUUCCAGAAAGACCAAUUCAUACACCAGCAGUUCCACGAACACAAAGACAAGUACCUGCUAGGGGACUUUCUUCCAUGAACGAUUGACAAGUUUGGUCUAGGUGGCCGUGGCUUCAUAUGCCAUUUUUCUGUGUGAGAAUGCUGGCCCUUCCAGCACAGGGAAGUUGGACAUUUGUUACCUUUUUUAUUUUUUUUAAACUUUUUUUGUUUUUGUUUUUUUUAUAUAUAUAUAAAUUUAAGUUUACUUCUAGACUAUGAAGUUUUGACUAUAAAGUGAAAUAUUUUUAGAAAUGUUCUGUGAAUAUAUUUUAUACUGGUUUAUGUUUUUGCAACACAAACUAAUGCAUGUCAAUAUUUGCACAAGGGCUGAUUCACACAAGCUCUAUCAAUAUCGGUUACAGAUCUGCUGCGUUAAUCCAUUGCUAUACAUGGACACAAGUCGUCCAUUGCUAUACAUGGACACAAGUCGUCCAUUAUUUCAGUUAAUGCAUUUUUAAUUGUUCCCCAUUCCCCGGGGGGCAUAAAGUAGCAGAAUCAUGCACUGGUUGUUUAGAAUCUGUAUUAAAACUCUUUAUGCAUUGGUAAAUGUGUGUAAUGGUGAGAUUAUUGGUGUAGACAAAGGCCCAUUGCCUUGUGCAAUAAGAGAUGUCCGAAUGCUAGGGUCUCUGAACAGGAUACAGUUGCAUUCCGUUUAGAGAACACCUGGCAUGCUGUCUAUGUAAGCUGAAAAUGAACUGCUAAAGUGGCUAAGAAACUCAAGGGAUCUAGACAGAAAAACAAAGACUUCAGUUACAAUUUCCAUUGAGCUUGUACAAGCUGCAGAGUCUGUUUUUAAAUGUGAAAUAUCAAAUUAAUUAAAACAACCGUGAAUUAAAAACUUAAGCAAAUGGCUCCCAUAGUCUAGUUUAUAACGUUGUUUUAAUAGAGUUGGAACCACAAGCUGCACUGAAAUUGAUUUCAGGUUGAGUGUGAAAGUGCGUCACCUACAGAGGCCGUGGGCAUAUAACGCUACAUGCAGUCUGCAGUAUUGACAAGCCAAACACCUUGUAUGCUGUAAUCAGUGUUUUCUUCAUGGCGAGGUGUCCAACCACUUUUAAUAUUGGAGUAAGACAUCCAGUAGAUCAGGGACAUGCAGCAUGUGUCAACCCAACUGCUGUAGGAUAAUACAUGCCCUAUCACUCUUGCUCUCAAGGCAUACUGGGAAGUGUACAGUACAGUAGUUCCAUAGCAGCCGGAGUUCCGCACGUUGCCUAGCCCUGCAGCAGAUCAAGGCUCUAUUGCCAAUGCCAAAAAAAUGCAAUUAUGUAACUGGUUUAAUUGAGCAGUUAUGUACUGUACAUGUCUGCAGGAUUUAAUUAUAUUCCUUCACUAGGCAAUGUGAAUAUUUAAAUACUGUUAUAAUUGGUAUAUUUUGCAAAUGCUGUAUAUAUGUUAUGUACUUUGCCUUUCUGUAUUUAGAAUUAAUUGUAAGUGUAUAAAGAUUAUAAAACGAA